CUUGUUGUUUCUUCUAGAUGUUACAGUCAUUCUUUUGAUAAGUCAUUUCUGGAAAACAUCUUUAGUGACCAAGUUGUGAUGUUUUAGAAGUUGUUUUAACAAAUUGUUUCUUAAAAUAGUUUUCUUUCAAUUUGGAAGAAACAGUGGCAUGCAUUUGCUAUUUCAUUUGAUUUCGGUAGCAUCGGUUCUAAAUUUGGUGCAGUCUCCAGGCUGUGAGGAGAAAAUCACAUUUACAAGAGAUGACUUAUUUUCCAAUUUAGGUUUAACGGAGGGCAGAAUUCGUACUCAGGCUGGUGUAGAAAAUCAAGCCAAGUGCGCUGUUAAAUGUAACCGACUUUCUAACUGUAAAUCGUUCUUUUUCAACAAGAAUUCUGGCAAGUGCCAGACUAAUUCUGUGAUUUACCUUUCAACAGCUGGAUCAGUAGACGCUGAAGGAUUUGUAUACUUCAGGAAACAAAUGGAGUGUCCUGCCCCGCCGUCAGUACCACAUUCUCAUCCUCAGUUUGACGUGAACUCUCCUCCUACUGCCACAGGUUCGGCUCUGGAAUAUACCUGCAGUGUUGGGUACACGCCGCAGGGGAGUGUCAGGUGUCAAGUUGAUGGCACAUGGACUCAGAUGUCCUGCAUCGAAGGCUUGUAUUUUUAA